CUUGGAUCCCUGCCCAGCUCCACACUCCCAGCCUUGUCACUUGGGCAUCAUGGAAGUGGCUGUGCCUCAGUUGGCAUGCUACACUUGAGAGAGGUGAACUCCAGGCUUGACAGCUACCUUCUUGCUCACUCUGCUCUGCUUUGAAAUUGAGCUUCAUUGCACUGAAACUGCCAGUGACAUACUGUUGAAAAGUGCGCCUUCUUGGGGUGGAGCUGGAAGAAAUGCUGCUGGGUAAUUCAGGCACCAGCAGUGGCUUUCAAGAGCCAAGAAUCCAUUUCCAUUAGGGCACCCUCAGCCUGUCACAAAGAGCUGAACUCCAGAGAUACUCUGCACACCAGCCUCCUGGAAAAGCUACGAACGAGAACGAGUUAGCCGCCUAGAGAAACCGGCUGGGCGCAACCGGAAGCCGCUGGACGCCGGCGCGGCUGCCCGGAUGGCGCUUUGCUGCGCCUCUUCCGGUUCCGGUGUCAUCUCCCGGGGUCCAGGAGCUGAGGAUGAGGCCGGGAGGCUGGAGCGGCACCGACAGCCACUGCUUCGAACUCAUGACCUCACACUUGUCAAACAAGCACUUAAGACACUGAGCUAAAUUCCUGGCCUUCACAAUGAUUUCUUGAGCCCUUAGAGAUGACAUUCUCCAAGCUCUAAGGAAGAAGGCAAGCAAAGAUUAGGGGAGCCUGGAGAGGAAGCUUUCUUAGAAGACAGCAAUGACACGAGAGAAUUGGGCCCACAGCGCUUUGUCACAAGAGGGCCUUGGGAAGGGGAAGGAUGAUACCUGGAAGUGGGGAGCCAGCUAUCCAGGCAGCAGCUGCUCUGUGUGGGAAACCUCGCACACCCAGUUCAGACAGCUGCGUUACCACGAGACCUCCGGACCUCAGGAGGCCCUGAGCCGGCUCCGGGAGCUCUGUCGCCGGUGGCUAAGGCCAGAAGCACGCACCAAGGCCCAGAUCCUGGAGCUGCUGGUGCUGGAGCAGUUCCUGAGCAUCCUGCCGGGGGAGCUGCGAGCCUGGGUGCAGCUCCAUCGGCCUGGAAGUGGGGAGGAGGCUGUGGCCCUGGUGGUGGAUAUGCAGGAGUACCUAGAUGGACCAGCGCUAAAGGUUCUGGUACCUGUUGACAGCCAGGACCCUAUCCAGGAGAGGUCCAGUGCUCCAGGAGCAGCGCGUCCUCCUGCACCUCCCAGCAGCCACUUAGCAGCCGAAAUCCACCCGAACCCUCUUCCUGACCCAGUGCUUUUCAGUCUCCAGGACUCUCCACAUGAUUCUCCUGCCCCUGAAGCUUCUAUCCUUUCCCAGGAAGAAAACCCACGAAACCAAUUAAUGGCACUUAUGCUCCUUACAGCCCAGCCCCAGGAGUUGGUAAUGUUCGAGGAGGUAUCAGUAUGCUUCACGUCAGAGGAAUGGGCAUGUCUGGGCCCGAUCCAGAGAGCCUUGUACUGGGAUGUGAUGCUGGAAAAUUAUGGGAAUGUCACCUCCCUAGAAUGGGAGACACUGGUGGAGAAUGAGGAGGUGACGCCAAAGCGGACUGUUUCUGAAAGAGCAGCCUCUCAGAGAGGAGCAUCAAAAAGACUUCAGGAAGGUACCCAUGUCCUUGACUUAGAGGACAAGUCUGAAUGGCAGGCUUUGCCGAGUCAGUUGGAAAAUGAAACUGGAGAAGGAGUAGAUAUAGUGAGUAAAGUCUUCGUUCGUGAACGAGACAAGAAGAAAAGGACUCCACUAGAAAUACAAGACCAGGAGGGGAAGGAGUUUGGAGGAAACUUGGCUUUAGGUUCAGCUGUUUCUGAAAGCGUAAUUGGUACUGAAGGAAAGAAGUUUUAUAAAUGUGACAUAUGUUGUAAGCACUUUAAUAAACUCUCCCAUCUUUUAAACCAUCAGAGAAUCCACACUGGCGAGAAGCCUUAUAAAUGUAAGGAAUGUGGAAAAGCUUUUAUUCAGCGCUCAAGCCUUCGAAUGCACUUACGGAACCAUUCUGGGGAGAAGCCUUACAAGUGUAAUGAAUGUGGGAAAGCAUUCUCUCAGAGUGCUUACCUCCUGAACCACCAGAGGAUCCAUACAGGGGAGAAGCCUUAUAAAUGUAAGGAGUGUGGAAAGGGCUUCUACAGGCACUCGGGUCUGAUUAUACAUUUACGCCGCCACUCAGGGGAGAGACCCUUUAAAUGUAAUGAGUGUGGAAAGGUUUUCUCCCAGAAUGGGUACCUUACUGACCACCAGAGGCUCCACAAAGGAGAAGAGCCUUACAAAUGCAACAAGUGCCAGAAAGCUUUCAUUCUAAAGAAGAGCCUCAUUCUGCACCAGAGAAUCCACUCUGGGGAGAAACCCUAUAAAUGUGACGAAUGUGGAAAAACAUUUGCUCAGACCACGUAUCUUGUUGACCACCAGCGACUCCACAGUGCAGAGAACCCUUACAAAUGUAAAGAGUGUGGCAAAGUGUUCAUUCGAAGUAAAAGCCUCCUCUUACACCAGCGAGUCCACACAGAAAAGAAAACUUUUGGUUGUAAAAAAUGUGGAAAGAUUUUCAGUGCUAAGUCAAAUCUCAUUGACCACAAAAGGAUGCACAGCCGAGAGAAACCCUACAAGUGCACACAGUGUGGGAAAGCUUUCACACAGAGCGCCUACCUCUUUGACCACCAGAGGCUGCACAAUGGAGAGAAACCUUAUGAGUGUAAUGAGUGUGGGAAAAUUUUUAUUUUAAAGAAGAGCCUUAUUUUACAUCAGAGGUUCCACACUGGAGAGAACCUCUAUGAAUGUAAAGACUGUGGCAAGGUCUUUGGUUCUAGCAGAAACCUCAUUGACCAUGAGAGACUCCACAAUGGAGAGAAGCCAUAUGAAUGUCAGGAAUGUGGGAAAACUUUUAUCAUGAGCAAAAGUUUCAUGGUCCAUCAGAAACUGCACACCCAGGAGAAAGCAUACAAAUGUGAGGAUUGUGGAAAGGCUUUCAGUUAUAAUUCAAGCUUGCUUGUACACCGGAGAAUCCACACUGGAGAAAAGCCCUUUGAAUGUAGUGAGUGUGGGCGUGCCUUUAGCUCAAACAGAAAUCUCAUUGAACAUAAGAGAAUCCAUAGUGGUGAGAAGCCUUAUGAGUGUAAUGAGUGUGGCAAAUGCUUUAUUCUGAAGAAAAGCCUCAUUGGACAUCAGAGAAUUCAUACCCGAGAAAAAUCUUACAAAUGUAAUGACUGUGGGAAAAUCUUCAGUUACCGUUCAAACCUGAUAGCCCAUCAGAGAAUCCACACCGGUGAGAAGCCCUAUGCCUGUAAUGAGUGUGGGAAAGGCUUUACCUACAACAGAAACCUUACUGAACAUCAAAGGAUUCACAGUGGGGAAAAAACCUAUGAAUGCCAUAUAUGUAGAAAAGUCCUUACCUCUAGUCGAAACCUUAUGGUACAUCAAAGAAUCCACACUGGUGAGAAACCUUACAAAUGUAGUGAGUGUGGAAAAGACUUUAGUCAGAAUAAAAAUCUUGUUGUACAUCAGAGAAUGCACACUGGGGAAAAACCUUAUGAGUGUGAGAAGUGUAGGAAAUCCUUUACUUCUAAGAGGAAUUUGGUCGGCCACCAACGAAUCCACACAGGAGAGAAGCCUUAUGGGUGUAAUGAUUGUAGUAAAAUGUUCAGGCAAAGAAAAAACCUUACUGUACAUCAGAAAGUUCACACAGAUGAAAAGCCAUGUGAAUGUGGUGAGACUGGGGAAGAAUUCUGUCAGACAUCAAACCUUCAUCUUCAGCAAAAAGUGCAUAUGGAAGAGGAAUUCUGGCUACAAAACACUAGUGAGCCCAAAGUAGAGGGUCAGAAAAUUUAGUGGAGGGCUGCAGGUGAGGCUCAGUGGUAGAGCACUUGCCUAGCACCACAUAAAAGGAUAAAAUGAAGCAUGUAAAGUGCAAUGGACUCCUGCAAAAUAACUGUUGGAGUAAUUGAUGGGGCAGGAGUUUACUGUUUGAGAACAACCUAGACAGAACCCUGGGUUUAAAAUCAGAAGAGCUGGAGUCCGUGUGUGCUUGCAUGCGUGUUGUGUUACUGUGGAUUGAAUCUAGAGCACUUUUGCGCUGUGACAUCCCCCACUUUUUAAAACUUUUACCAGUAACUAAUUGCCCAGGCUGAGCUCAAAGUUGUGAUUUCUGCUUCAGCCUCCCAGAAUUGUAAGAUAUCAGGCAUAUAUCACCAUACCUGGCUUAAGUUUGAGUUCUUAAGUUUUUCCAUUACUAUGUGAUGAUAUUAAAUCGCCUCAGGCAGGUGUAGUAGCUCUCACCUGUAAUCCCAGCACUUGGGAGGCUGAGGCAGGAGGAUCAUUGCGAGUUCAAGAGCAUCUUGGACUACAAGUUGAACUCAAGGCCAGCCUGAACUGCAUAGCGAGACCCUGUCUCAAAAAGACACAUGCACUCACAAAAUCUGCCUCCAAGCCUCAAUCUCCCUGUUAGUCAAAUGUUGCCAUAAUGCCUCCUUUGCAAGAUGGUUGAGACCAUUAAGUAAAGGACCUUUGUGAAAUCGUUCACUUGUCAAUAAAAUUGGAGAGAAGAGGUGCAGUCAGAGUCUAGAUCAGAGCAUAUUUGUUCAUUAAGUCAUUUGUUAGAAUGAAAGGAAUUCUGUGAACCUCUGAUAUCAUUUUUAUGAAUAUGGUAGAUAGCUAAUUUUGCAAUUUAGUAUUCUAAGAAAAAAUUUUAAAUAUGGCUGUAAAAUGUUAAUGCAUAAUACACCUACCUUGUUUUUAUGGAAAAAAUACUAAUGACCAGCCGUUGACACUGAGGUCAAGGAAUUUGCUUUUCAGUCUCUGAAACUUAGUGUACACAGUGCAUGAAAAAGGAAGGAGGUCCUGUCUUGCAUUCAUUGUUCUUUGAAAUUCAUAACCCCAUCCCUGAGCUGAUGAUCUCAAUCCUGAUCAGUGUUUAAUCAUCACCUUCAGGUUUCAUGAAACAAAUUCCCUUCUAUCCGAGAAUGUUUAUGACGCCCAGAGCCAAUCCCUUUCUGUUCUGAUGAAGGCAGUGCAUAACAGUCUCUGGAAAGCACUACCCAGUACUCCAUGCAACCCACAUCAUCCAGCCUAGCUCUGCUGGGUGUUUAAUAGGGACAUUAACAGAUAAUCUUCAGUUGACAGUUGCAUGUAAUUCUUUUUUUGUUUGUUUUUGUACUGGGAAUUGAACUCAAUUACCUCACACAUGCCAAACAGGCACUUGUGCCACUGAGCUAAAUUCCUGUCCCCUGCUUCAUGUAAUUUUAUUUAUUUAUUUAUUUUGGUACUGGGGCUCAAACUCGGUACCUCACACUUGUCAAGUAGGCUCUUAAGCCACUGAGCUCAAUCCCUGGGUACUUCAUAUAGUUCUUAAAAUUCAAAUUUUGGUCGUGGAUAUAGCUCAGUGGCACAGCCCCUGCCUGGCAAGUGAGAGGCUGUGAGUUCAAUUGCUGGUACCAGAACAACCAAAUAUGAGAACUCCAGUUUUUCAGGAGGAAAAAACCCCAUAUACAUAUAAAUCUCAGGAUUGUGUUUUCUCAUACUAGUUAUAUAAAAGUUAUAGGUUGAUUAAAUAUGAAUUCAGCUCAGAGUUGUUUGGGGACUGGUUCCUCAUUAGAUUGCAAGUAUACAGGAGAAAGAAGGUGCUCACAGUUUAAAGACCUAGAUAAGUUGGGUCUUGCUUGGACAAAUCAUUUAGUUCUUAGAACCUUGAUUUCCUUGGUCAGACAACAGGGAUGAUGCCUACCUUGCAAAGUUGUGAGGUAAUAAAUAAGAAAAUGCCUCAUAUCUCUGCAAGUACAAGACUCAUCGCAGAUUAUAUAGUAAUUACACAGGAACAGAAAUACUUUAGCAAAGGAGAAAGCUGAAAUUUACCUUGUAAGUAACAAAACUUAACAUUGACAAAACUGGCCUCAGGCCUGGGCUUUAGCUUAGCGGCUCAAGUGCCUGCCUUGUAAGCAUGAGGUUGACUUUGAUUCCCAGUACCAAAGAAAGACUGGCCAGGGAUACAGCUGAGCAGCAUAGGCACCUGCCUGCUAAGUGUAAGGUCCUGAGUUCUGUUGUAGUACUGAUAAAAGUAAGCCCACAUACUGUGCCUCUUCAUGUCAUAUAAUGAGGCAAAAAUAAAUUCAUGAAUUUGUUUCUAAACAUAGUUGUUAGUUUACAGGAAAUUCAGGACCCAGAGGAGCAAGAUAAAAGACACUAAGAAUCCAGACAAAUCCACAAUGUGAGGUGUUUUAUAAAAAAUCAGAUUCUUUAAGGAAGAAAAGAAAAAGAAAAGAUCCUCAUUGAAACUUGAUAUAUGUACUAAGAGACCUCUAUACUACUGACCUCUGCUUUUGUGCAUGUGAAAAUUUCCCUGAGACAGAAAGUUGCUGAGGGAGAUCACUUUCAAAAUAUCCUAAUGAGACAUAAGAUUUGAAGAGCCAGGAUUACACUCACACUAAUAUCCAUUUGCUUUUGACAGGUACAGAUGCAAUUUAGUGGGGGAGGGAUAACCUUUUUGGUGUGUGAUCAAGACUAGGACAGGAUUGUGACUAGGCAAAGAACACAUAGGUGACACAAAACAUUUCAUAAAAGGGGAAAAAUUAUUGGACCUCAUCGGAAUUAAAAUACUAAGAGGAUGAAAAGAUAGAAUGGGAGAAAAUACAGAUCAGUCCUGAAUUUAUAUCUAGAUACAUUACAUUUAACAGUAAACAUCCAUUUAGAAUGUACACAGUCCUAAAAGACAUUUCUUGUGUGAGUGGUAAAUACAUAAAUAAAAAAAUCUUUGAUAUCAUUAGCAGUACAGAAAUGCAAAGUACAAUCAUGAAAUAACAGCAUUGCCUUCAUUCAUGAAGUUAAUUUUUUUCUGCAGUUUUGGAAAAGAUGCCCACAUUUCUGUUUCUGUCAGAAAAGAUAGCCACAGUCAUGUUUGUUGCCUGAUGGUGGGAGUUUACCAACAAAGUUCUGCCAUGCUUCUGUUGUCAAACAAAAUCAUUUGCAAACAAGUGUGCUUAUGAGCUAAGGUGCCACCGUACUUCUGUGCAUGGAUCAGAAUAGCUGAAGUCAAGUGGUUAUACAGAUUCUGGCAAGGAUGUGGAGAAACGAUUGAUGGGAAUGUAAAACGAUACAGCAACUUUAGAAAAUACAUCGGAAGUUUCUUAUAAAACCAAGUGUGCACUUACAUAAGUCAAUGAAUUGCAUUCCUGAUUGUCCCAAGAAAUCAAAACAUAUGCACCCCAAAACUUGUUUAUGUGAAUGUUCGUAGUACCUUUAUGUUUUAGGCCUAAUUUUUUUUUUUUUUUUUGUCUUUUUCCUUUUUAUCGGUACCCGGAAUGAAACUCAUAACUGCCUGCUUGCAAGGCAGGCGCCUAUGCCGCUGAGCUAAAUCCCCAGCCCCUAGGCCUAAAAUCUUUAGGCAGCCUAGAUUCUCUUUUUUUAUCAGACAGUCGAAUGCUGGUAUGCCUAUCCCAAGGAUAAGAUGGAAUGACUUAUUGGUUGCCACAACAAUCAGAAUGAAUUUCAAGGAAAUUGAUACUGAGGAGAUACUUAUCUCAAAAAUGUUAUAUAUUGUACUAUUCCAUUUUCAUAACAUCCACAAAAUGACAGGCUACAGAGAUGAGAGAUUAAUGGUUGCCAAAGGUUAGGAGCAGUGGGAGAGAGGACAGGGUUGGGUGCAGCUGUAAAGGGCAUCACGUGAGGUCUCCUUACAGUGGAGCAGUUGUGCAUCUUGAUUGUGAUGGUGGCUACACAAUGUAAUACAAUGAUAGGAUAUAUAUAUCAUACUUGAUGUUGAUUUCCUGGUUUUGAUAAAAUCAAGCAGUAACAUUGAAGAGUACUAUCUCUGCGACUUUCUGUGAAUUUAUUUAAAAAAACAUGAAAAACUAGCCAUUAAUUGCAUACAGUGUUGUGACACUUUCAGAAAAAAAAUUUUUUUUAAAUACAUUUUAGGACAAUUGGAGAAAUUUGAAUGUCUGCACAUUAGGUGGUAUUAGGAAGCAUUGUUAAGUUCGUUACUCGUGGUGGUGGUGUUAGCUUGGAAAAUACUGUAUUAUUAAGAUAUGCCUGUUGAAAAUUUGGAAUGAAGUGUUUUGAGGUUUAUAGCUUUCAAAAAGUGUCAUUAAGUAUGUAUGGAGAGACAAGCAAACACAAAUGUUCAUCAUUGAGCCCAGAGGAGGAUACGGGUAUUCAUUGUAUCAUUCUUUCAACUUUCUUGUAGUUUGAUAUUUUCAAAAUAAAAUGUUUGCGAAGAAA